UUUUUUUUUAACUUGACAUUGACGACAGCAGGUAUUUAGCUCUACUCUGUCCUCCGUCCAUCCUCUGCACAAUCACGAAAUGAAACUGCUGAUUCCCGGUCAUCCGUAUGUGUGACCCUCCACCAUGUAGUCACCUGAGUGCUGACAGCAGAGCUUCAUCCAUGCCAUCUUUCUAAGCAGCUUUCAUCUUCAGGUCCGAUCGUGACAUAGAUAGCCUACAUCCCGUCCUCCGUCCAUCAUGCUGCAGAUCGGAGAUGAGGCGGUGUAUUUCUCGGCGGUGUUUUUACUGGUGAUCUUGGGGACGAGGAGCGCCACGGGAGCCUCCCUCCUCACCGCAUUCCUCUACGUCUUCAUGGUGAUGUUCCGCUUUCCUCCGGUUCCUGCGGAGCAGGCCGGACGCGUCCUCCGGCCCAGGGCUCCAUCAGGUGGCGUCCCGGUGGUGGCGCACCGCGCGGGGAGCCACGAUGCACCGGAGAACACCUUGGCAGCGAUCAGAGAGGCCAGUAAGAACGGGGCAACUGGAGUGGAACUGGACCUGAGUUUCACAGCCGAUGGCAUGCCUGUACUGAUGCACGAUGAGACUGUGGACCGCACCACCAACGGCUCUGGAUCAGUUAGCAAACUACAUUUUGUCCAACUUAAGAGACUAGAUGCUGCUGCUAAACACAGGCUGAAGGACAAGUUCAGUGGAGAGAAGGUCCCCACUCUGCAGGAGGCUGUGCGGGAAUGCAUGAGACACCAGCUGACUAUCUUCUUUGAUGUCAAAGGUCAACCUGAUAAGGCUGCAUCAGUGCUUCGUGAGAUGUAUAAGAAGUUCCCUGUGCUUUACAAUUCCAGCAUUGUUUCCUCCUUUGAACCCAAAGUCAUCUACAAGAUGCGUCAGACUGACCCCAAAGUUGUCACGGCUCUCAUCCACCGGCCCUGGAGACUGAGCCGCCUUGGUGAUGGCACUCCUCGCACUCUCUCCACAUGGGGUCAGAUGUGGACGGGGGUUCUGGACGUCUUGCUGGACUGGGCCCACCACCACAUACUCUGGAAACUCUGUGGCGUCUCUGCUAUCCUUGUGCAGAAGGACUUCAUCUCAUUGGACUAUGUUCAGUACUGGACAGAGCGAGGUGUGGAGGUGGUGGGCUGGACUGUUAAUACAGCUGUGGAGAAAGACUACUACCAAAACCUGCUGAAGAUUGGCUACAUCACUGACAGUCUGCUGGAAGACUGUGAUCCGCAUUACUGAAUGAUCACACACACACAGUGGUUAGAGACAGACAGGGUAAGGUGUGACCUUGUAAAAGCAAACAUUUUACAGCUUCUUAAUGAACAAAGUAGAAACUCUUUGGUGCGACAGAAGAUGACAUAAUUACUAUCAUUACAACAAUCCCCAGUUUCCUGUGCUUUCUAAGAACGUAAAAUACUGAAAUAUGUGGAAAUAUAGUUAUUUAUAAGGUGGAAGGAAGGUAGAAAUUUGGUGCUAACUAGCUCUGUAGUGGCAAUUGAACAACCCAAGCUUUACAGAACUGAUUUACUGUAGAGGUAAGAAGACAUCAUUACCUGUAGCUGGCAUACGGGUAAGUUCCCUUUAAAUCUACAGACAGAUUAAACCAUGAAGACUUAACUGUAUACUUGCUUGUCCAUAUCCUACUACCAGCAGCAAUACCUCCAACUCUCCUGGUCCAGGGAUUAGGAUUACGCUACCUUUAAAGAUCUUUUCUACCUUCAGAGGAUUUGAUGCACCUUUUAAAGAGACACAAGUGUAUAUAGUUGUAAAAUUAGACAUAUUGGCAUCAAUUCACCACCUGCUACCAUGAUAUUAAUUUAAUGACGGACUCUAGAAGAGCUCUUGUUAUUAUUAUUACUACAACUUAACGUAAUAAUACUUGAUUGUUCAGAAGCUUGCAGUCUGUGUUUCACUUGCACAAAUACACAAGAAACCUUGCCGUAAGACAUUAAAACUUUGAAUGAUUCAAGUGUGAGAUAAGUACGAUAUCAGAUUCCUCAUCCUUGAGGGAAAGUAAAUGCACCCUUGAACUCUGCCACACAGAUGGGGGGGUGUGAGCGUAGGUGCGUGUAGUUCAAGGCACAGCUUCACAUAAACUCCUAAACUUUUGUCUGACGUCACCUCUUUAAUACAUUGUGAAUCAUCAGAGGAGGGUGACUCUUUUUGUGAUUGUGGCUGUUGCCACAAUUGUUAAGAAAUAUUAAGGCCUUGAAUCCAAAUUCCCUGACCAUGACAUCUCUUCCUUUAACUUUUCAGUCAUAUUUUCUGUAAAUGUAAUGGCCUAAUGCUUCUUUAAAUAAUCCUCCACACUACUAGGAAUAUAAUUUUGGAGGAAUUCCCUUAGUUUCAUUUUGAUUUAACUUAACUUGUUUUGCCUGAGUGCAGUUACAUUUUAAAGAUAUUAUCUGUAAAUUAUAUCAGAAUGAACCUUAAGAAGCCUACCAUGUGUAAUGUGUCUGUAAUGGUAGGAUAUAAACUCCAAAUUCCCAGAAACGAUACAGGGGACAUGGAGUUCUUGUAGGAAAAAGGCAAGCAACCCCAUCUUGGUCACUAUUCAUUUCUCAGAGAUUCCAAAAAAAAUUCAACAUUUCUCUUUUGUUUCAUUUUGCUGUAGUGUUGAGAAUGUCUUAUAUUCUAGUAAGAAAAAUAACAUAGGGCCACUCGUCAAAACAGGCUGGAAUAAAUCUUAAGAAUGUAAAUCCAGUUUUCAAAUCUGCUGUAAAUCAAUAAUGCCUUUUAAGUGAAAAUCCUACAUUAUUAAAAUGUUAAAGUAU